CGCUUCCUGCCCCAAUUUUCCGGUUUUCUUUUCUUCCUUUUCCGCCCCCUUGUAUCAAGUAAAGCUCUUUCUGUUUUGUUGUUUGGCGAGUGUUUGCUUUCACCACCACCCCCUACUUGUGUCAUCAAAUCUGCCACGACAUCCCGUCAGAUUCGGGGGAAAAGAAAAUGGUGGUCAAACAAACAUUGGUGUUCUUCGAAAACAACUGCCUGUCGUGACGUGAGAGUGAACGAACGACAUUCGAUACAACAACUCGCACGUAAUCGUCGCAGUCCAUGCGCUUUCGUUAACAAUUGCAAACCAUGUUGUGCUCGAGCAGCCGCAACGACGCCCUCGCAAACUGUCAAACAGUGAGGAGCAAUAAUGAUCAUAGCAACGGCACCGAUAACAAUUACAUCAACGAGACGGAAACCUCCGUGGGAUUCUCGUUUGCCGACGGGGCUUCCAGUCGGACCACUCCGAAAGCGAUCAACGACAGCGACAUUGCAUUUGACGGCGGUACCACCAUAAGCAACUGGAGCGACUUGUUUGCAACAGCCGGCUCAGCGCUAGCCGGCCCUGGCAGCAAUGCCACCCUAACGGCAGGGGGAGGUGCAGCGAGCGGAGGAUUCGGAGCCGAAGUGAUGAUUCCCCUCUAUUCAGUCAUCUUCAUUCUGUCCGUGUUGGGCAAUAUACUCGUCAUCGUGACGCUGACGCAAAAUCGCAGGAUGCGCACUGUUACCAACGUCUUUCUCCUUAAUCUAGCCAUUGCUGAUUUGCUUCUCGGCGUCUUCUGCAUGCCAUUCACUCUAAUUGGCCAGCUGUUACGAGAUUUCAUUUUCGGCAGCUUCAUGUGCAAAAUAAUACCCUACUUUCAAGCUGUGUCGGUGGCGGUGGGCGUUUGGACGCUAGUGGCCAUCUCUCUCGAGCGCUACUUUGCUAUUUGUAGGCCGCUCAAGUCUCGCAUCUGGCAAACAAGAUCUCACGCAUACAAGAUGAUCAUCGCCGUCUGGAUUCUCAGUCUCUCCUUGUGUCUACCCGUGGCAAUCCUCAGUCGUCUCAAACCAAUCAGAGAAACAGGUCGGCAUAAGUGUCGAGAAGAAUGGCCUGAUGCCGUCAGUGAGAAAGCCUACAAUCUUUUACUGGACGUCAUCUUGUUAGUUUUGCCCCUUCUCAUCAUGGGGCUUGCCUACUGGUUAAUCGCAGCACGCCUAUGGAGAGGGUUGCGUCACGAAACAGGUGGAAAUAGCAGCACUAACAAUUGCAGUCGCUUGCAGAUAAUGAUGGCAGCUGAUGUUACCGCUCCGCUUACCAAUGUUUGUGGUUCGUCUUGUACAGAGAGAUACCAAGAGCCUGAAACGUCGAUCCAAUCGGACAUGAUGACCAGCCAGCAGAGCUACCCACGCACAAGUCCAAACGCGGCCAAAAAAUCUACUGUGAUCCAGUGGCCAUUGCGGAGCAAUCACCGACGUCUCUGUUGUCAUCCUCAAGUGGAACGAAGCGUCACGCAUCAGCAAAGAAGUGGCAACGAAAUAGCGUGGAGAGGAGGUUCGCAGUCACAACAGGGUAACCAACAAAGGGCGACCUCGACAACCGUCCAGAUUAUGGACUAUCGUUUAGCAGCUCGCUAUGGCGUCCGAUCUACAUACACGGACAAAAGUGUUUGGGCAAAGAAAAAAGUCAUCAGAAUGCUCUUCGUUAUCGUCUUUGAAUUCUUCCUGUGCUGGGCGCCAUUGUACGUCGUCAACACUUGGUACACAUUUGAUCCAACGAGUCUCUACGAGCAGAUGGGUCCCACGGAAAUCGCGUUGACUCAGCUUCUUGCUUAUCUAUCGAGUUGCUGUAAUCCCAUCACCUACUGUUUCAUGAACGAAAAAUUUCGCAAUGCAUUUCUCAGCGCCUUCGGAUGUGGACCACAGGGUCGAGGUUUCGGAAGAGCACCCAAUCGUAGUACCGAUCUCCUGUCAGCUUCCUUCAACGACAGCUUUAAUCUUGGUCGCCGAACUACGAACAAAAGUCAGCAGCGCGAUCGUCAUCUCGUCUUGUUACUCCAGGAAACGCACGUUUGACCGCCAAUGCCACGACUGUCGUCGAGACUGCUCUUUUUGAUGGACAUUCUGGGGAAAUCGGAGCUAUGCUAGCGGCGUCCAGAUCCUUUCAAGCGGAUUAGGAUUUGGAAAAAAAUGAAAACUUGUUCAUUCCAACCGCUAUCGCAUUUCCAAGCUGCUGCAACCUAGCAAAAGACAAGCUGAAGAAAUCAAAGGCGAAGCUACCAUCCCUAGGAAACAUACACAGGAAUACGAUGUUUUUACAUUGUCCGAUCUCAAUUCGACAUUUCAUGUACGUCACUUAAACUAUUAAUGUGAUCAAUGUUUAAUAGUUGGUUAAUGUUACCUUCCAAUUCAUCCACUCGGCAAAUGUAAGGUACACGCAAUAUAUCGAAGAAACACUGAUUUUUUCAUUACGUUGCCAAUAUACGGAUUUACUGCCAA